GCCACAGAACAAACAAAUGCGUCUUUUCCUCCUCUUCAAGUUGUACAAUAAUCAUUCAACAACCCGUAACUAUCCGCAAACAUGAGUUCGAAUCCAGCUGCUGCGCUUGCGCGCAUCGACGCCGGCUCCCUUCAAGACAUCUUUGAAGACAAGCCCGGUCGAAUUCAGCAACCUGUCAUGCAAUGCGUCCAGAUCAAGGGUAUCGCCGCUAGUUCCGGAGGACCAGAGAGAUACAGAGUGAUUUUCAAUGACACAAGAAAUUACAUUCAAACCAUGCUGGCGGUGCAUCAGAAUCAUCUCGUCGAAGAGAAGAUUUUGCGUCGUGGUGUCCUGGUUCAAUUGAUGGGUUACACUGCGAACAAAGUCAAAACGAAGCGAAUCCUCAUUGUUAUGGAAAUCAAAGUCCUUGAAGAGUUUGGCGAACACGAGAAACUCGGAGAUCCAAAGCCCUUGGAGUUCAAAGCCGAAGAAGAAGAGAAGCCUUUCCCUACCUCCAUCUCAAGCAAUGGAUUCUAUGGCGCCAAACAAGAACCACAAAAACAGAGCAUGUCUAUGCCGAGCCACCCGAAGCCAUCUUCAUCCAGUGCUCACGCAAAUAUCUACCCCAUCGAAGCAAUCUCCCCGUACUCUAAUAAGUGGACUAUCAAAGCUCGCUGCACAAGCAAGUCAGACAUUAAAACAUGGCACAAUCGUAAUGGUGAAGGCAAGUUGUUCAGCGUCAAUCUUCUAGAUGAGAGCGGCGAAAUUCGUGCUACGGGAUUCAACGACCAGUGCGACAUGUUGUAUGACCUGUUCCAGGAAGGAAAUGUCUAUUAUAUUUCCAGCCCCUGCAGGGUGACAUUUGCAAAGAAGCAGUUCUCGAACCUGCCCAACGACUAUGAACUCCACUUCGAGAAAGACACCACCGUUGAAAAGGCAGAAGAGCAGGACGGAGUACCGCAAGUCCGAUACAACUUCACCAGUAUUUCCGAUCUCCAAGCGGUAGAGAAAGACACGACAAUCGAUGUCAUCGGUGUACUGAAAGAUAUUGGUGAGACGUCACAAAUCACCUCCAAGACAACCAGCAAACCCUACGACAAGCGAGAACUUACCUUGGUUGACAACACCGGAUAUUCAGUGCGUCUGACAGUCUGGGGCAAGGUCGCAGCAAAUUUUGACAUCCCACCCGAGUCAGUCGUGGCGUUCAAGGGUGUCAAGGUCUCCGACUUUGGUGGAAGAAGUCUCAGUCUGCUCAGUUCAGGUUCAGUGACACCUAAUCCUGACAUGGAAGAAGCACACAGACUCAAAGGAUGGUAUGAAGAACAGGGCCGGUCUGGCAAUUUUGCAACUCAUGCCAAUGUUCAAGGUGGUACGAGUAGUGCUGGUGGUCGCAGUGACCCCUUCAAAACAAUCUCUCAGGUCAAGGAAGAGCAACUUGGAAUGUCAGACCAGCCUGACUUCUUCUCUGUCAAGGCAUCCAUACAAUACAUCAAACAAGAGAACUUCUGCUACCCGUCAUGUUUGUCUGAAGGGUGCAACAAGAAGGUCGUUGAAAUCGAUCCUGGCCAAUGGCGAUGCGAAAGAUGCGACAAGACGCACGAAAAGCCAGAAUACCGCUACAUUAUGUCUGUCAAUGUCAGCGACCAUACCGGUCAAUUGUGGGUCAGCUGCUUUGAUGAGACAGGCAGGAUGAUUAUGGGAAAGACGGCAGAUGAGUUGAUGGAGAUCAAAGAGGUGGAUGAUAAGGCCUUGGGCGACAUCUUCUCGGAGGCGAACUGCAGAACCUGGAAUUGGAAGUGCAAGGCCAAGUUGGACAGCUUCCAAGAACAACAACGGUACGUGAUUUUUUGUAUUCAUCAGUCAUUCUGCUUGGACAAUAUGCUUACAUUGAGACCAGGGUUCGCUACCAAAUAAACUCAGCGUCGCCAUUGAAUUAUGUGACCGAAUCUCAGAAACUCAUCGAUUUGAUCAAGAAAUAUGGAACGGAUUAAGAGAGUAUGUGCUGUCACUAGAGAUAGCUUGUGGGUUUGCGCGCGACUAUGUGUGGCACAGUGCAUGGGAGACCACGGCCUCUUUAUGCCAUAGCCCGAAGACGAAAAUCACAUUCUGGACGAAGGUAAAUUGCUGCCCUAGUCAGUUUUUAUGUAUGGAAUGAAGUGCACCAUCAGUUUCUGGAGCUGUACAGUAUGAAUAGUUUCAUUAGUCG